ACGAGCAUCUCUACGUCUGCAAUUUUCACAGAAAUCCCCGCAGUUUCCAGAAGAUUUUCCGGGUCUAUACCCUUUCAGUCCUUUGAAGCGAAAAGGUGUUGUUGGAAUUGCAGAGAGGACCUGCAUUUAUAUCUGAGUUGCUAUUAUGAUUUGAAAGGUCUAGCUAUUAGUUUCAGAGAUUCCGUGGUUUCUUGUACAAGUUUAUAUCUUCGCAGCCUUCUAAAUAUUGUCCUGCGGAUCGUAUAGUAAGCAAAAUAGAAAGAUUUUACUUCAUUUAUUGUCGUUCACAAGUUCUCACUCCUGAGUUUCAUGUUUUGUCCUUUAAUGUCAUCUAUUUACUGUUGGUUUCAAGCUUUUGCUAUUUCGUUUUGUGGCUUGUGAGUUUUUUUAUAAUUUACAUGUUGCUGAUUAUGAUUGAGGAACAAAGUGUGGAUUAUGUGUUUUUUUUUGUUUAUAUGUUUCUAUAACCUGCUCGUGUGAUACAUAUUAAGUGUUGUGUUAGUUUAUGGAAUCUGGAGUUUUGAAAUAGAGGUUUCUGAUGUCGACAUGAACAAAAGAUGAACUUUGAGAUGUGAGAUUACGAUGAAUUUGAUAGGAUUAUAGCAAAACCUCAAUAACAUGGCGAAUAGCAAGUACGAGUACGUGAAGUCAUUCGAAUCGGAAGACGAAGUCAUGCUUCCGAAUUUGAUGGUUGUUCGGAUCGAUGGUCGUGACUUUUCUAGAUUCUCUCAAGUUCAUGAGUUUGAGAAGCCUAAUGAUGAAGCAGCCCUCAAUCUGAUGAAUUCGUGCUCAGCUGCGGUUUUGGAAGAGUAUCCUGACAUAAUAUUUGCAUAUGGAUACAGUGACGAAUACAGCUUUGUUUUCAAGAAAACAUCAAGAUUUUACCUGAGACGAGCCAGUAAGAUUUUGUCCUUGGUAGCUUCGUUCUUUGCUGCAGUCUAUGUAACCAAAUGGAAAGAGUUUUUUCCCCAAAGAAAAUUAGAAUAUGUUCCUUCCUUCAAUUCAAAAGUUAUAAGCUGUGCAUCAGCAGGGGUUCUUCAAGCUUAUCUCUCAUGGAGACAACAGGACUGUCAUGCGAACAAUCAAUAUAACACUUGUUUCUGGAUGUUAGUUAAAAGCGGAAAGAGCAUAAGUGAAACUGAAAAGAUACUGAAGGAUACACAAAAACAGCAGAAAAAUGAGAUUCUCUUUCAGAGAUUUGGUAUAAAUUACAAAACGCUUCCUGAAUUGUUUCGCCAAGGAUCAUGCCAUUUCAAGACAAAGGUGGAAGAAACUGUAAAGCAUGAUGAGAAUGGCAAUCCCGUAAAAAGAUUGAGGAGAAAGGCUGUCCUUGUACAUUCGGAGAAUAUUGCCGGAAGAAGCUUUUGGAAUGAGCACCCCUCCCUACAUAAGGAUCUUGGUCACUUCACGAAAGACAUUGGCAAAAUUGAACCAGAUUAUGUUAGGUCGUUUCAGUUUGAGAACAAAUUGUUACCUUUAACUUGGGUCGUGGUUAGGAUUGAUGGCUGUCAUUUUCACAGAUUUUCUGAAGUUCAUGAAUUUGAGAAGCCAAAUGAUGAGCAAGCUCUGAAACUUAUGAAUUCAUGUGCAGUGGCUGUUCUCGAGGAGUUUGAGGAUAUUCACUUUGCUUAUGGUGUCAGUGAUGAGUACAGCUUUGUUUUGAAGAAAGAAUCUGAGCUCUAUGAAAGACAACCCAGUAAGAUAAUAUCUGCAAUUGCAUCAUUCUUUACAUCCACAUAUGUGAUAAAAUGGGGAGAUUUCUUCCCUCACAAAGAAUUGAAGUAUCCUCCAUCGUUUGAUGGACGAGCUGUAUGCUAUCCAACUUACAAGAUUCUCUUGGAUUAUCUGGCUUGGAGACAAGUUGACUGCCACAUCAAUAAUCAGUAUAAUACAUGUUUCUGGAUGCUUGUUAAGUCUGGAAAAACCAAAACUCAAUCCCAAGAUUACUUAAAGGGUACCCAAACACGAGAGAAAAAUGAGCUGCUAAGCCGUCAAUUUGGAAUUGAGUACAAUUCAUUACCUCUAAUCUUCCGAAUGGGCUCCUCGGUUUUCCGCUCAAAGGAAGUUGUUGCAGUUGAGAAUGGAAUAGUUUCAGGGAAGAAAGUGGAAGGAGAAGUGGUCGUAGAUCAUUGCAAUAUCAUCGAACACUCUUUCUGGGAAGAACACCCACACAUUCUUAGCUACUCGUAAACCAAGUGCUUUUCACUUCAUUUAUAAGACUAGUUAUGCAAUGUGGAAUCACUUUUAAUUACAUUUUGAAUUGUUAAAAAAUUUCAGAAUUAUUUCGGAUUUUGAAUGUUUUCAAGUAUGAAAAUAGCUUAUAUAAUAUA